UGUUGAUUGCACUUGUAUGUAUGUUGCUGUUGACGCUUUAUUAAAGCUUCAGGUGGAAAUGGCAGUCACUCGUGCAGCAGGUGUUUUCUCCAAGUUUGCAACAGGCAAAUACCCUUUAUUGUCAGGUCAUGCCACACGGGUCCUCUCUGUAUCAUCACAUUUGGCAGCUUAUAAACACAUCAGCUUCGAGUACAAGGAAGAUGUGGCUGUUAUACGAUUCAAUGAUCAGACAUCAAAGGUGAACAAACAGUCUCUGCAGUUGCAUGAGUUGGCUGACGUGUUGGGAGACAUCUGGCUUUAUAGAUCUUCAAAAAGUGUCGUCCUCAUUUCAGGCAAACCCGGCUGUUUCCUUGCUGGAGCAGAUAACAAUAUGCUCCAGUCCUGUACAACAAGUGAGGAGGUCACCAGUCUCUGUGAGGAAGCUCAGAAGUUGUUUAGGAGAAUCGAGCAGUCUCGUGUCCCCAUUGUCGCCGCUAUCCAUGGCUCAUGCCUGAGUCGAGGCCUUGAGCUUGCAACAGCCUGCCACUACAGAAUUGCCACGAAGAGUAAAGAAACAGUCCUGGGGACUCCAGAGGUCAUGUUGGGACUGCUGCCUGGAGCAGGUGGCACUCAGAGACUACCUAAAAUGGUGGGUCUCCUGGGAGCUUUUGACAUGCUGCUGUCAGGCAAGAACAUCACAGCAGACGAAGCCAAGAAGAUGGGUCUAGUGGACCAGCUUGUGGACCCUCUGGGUCCUGGUCUGAAGUCUCCAGAGGAACGAACGAUGGAAUACCUUGAGGAGGUUGCAGUGGGUGUUGCCAAUGACUUGGCCAGCAAAAAGAUUCCCCUUACUAGGGAAAAAAGCUUUAGACUGAAGCUGUGGGACGCAGUCAUGGGCCUGGGUCCAGUGAGGAAGAUGAUCUACAGCACUAUCACUAAAAGAGUCCAGAAACAAACUAAAAACCUCUACCCUGCUCCGUUCCAGAUUAUUGAGUGUGUUAAAACUGGCAUAGAGCAGGGCAGUGACGCAGGUUAUCUGGCAGAAGCGCAGAGCUUUGGUAAGCUGGUGAUGACUUCUGAAUCCAAAGCUCUGAUUGGACUUCACAAUGGUCGUUUGUUGUGUAAGAAGAACCGAUUUGGUCCCCCAGAAAAGGAAGUAAAAAAGCUGGCCAUUCUGGGUGCAGGGCUAAUGGGAGCAGGUAUAGCACAGGUAUCAGUAGAUAAAGGCUUCACCACCAUCCUAAAGGACACCACAGAGGAUGCCAUCAGCAAAGGAUAUGAAAAGGUUUAUAAAAGUUUCGACACCAAGGUGAAGAAGAAAGCCAUGAUAUCAUUUGAGCGUGACGCCAUUAUGUCCAAUCUGUCGAUUCAGACGGAUUACUCUGGUUUUGAGUCUGCUGACAUGGUGAUAGAGGCUGUGUUUGAAGACCUCAACAUUAAACAUAAAGUCCUCAAGGAGGUGGAGGCAGUUACCCCACCACACUUCAUAUUUGCAACCAACACCUCAGCUCUGCCCAUCAGAGACAUCGCUGCUGUCAGCAAACGCCCUGAAAAAGUGAUUGGCAUACACUAUUUCUCCCCAGUGGACAAGAUGCAACUGGUGGAGAUUAUCACCACAGAUAAAACAUCUAAGGACACGCUGGCUGCUGCUGUCAGUGUGGCCCUGAAACAGGGAAAGAUUGUCAUCACUGUCAAGGAUGGUCCGGGCUUUUACACCACGCGCUGCAUGGGUUCCUUGUUUAUGGAGUCUCUGAGACUUCUUCAGGAAGGUGUGACGGCAACAAAGAGCGAUUUCCUGGCAACAAGCUUUGGUUUUAAUGUCGGACCUUUCGCAGUCACUGAUGAAGUCGGUGUUGACAUAGGAUUUCAUAUUUCAGAGAUGCUGUGCAAAGCGUUCGGUUCCCGUUAUGAGGGAGGAAGCCUGGAGAUUGUCAAGACCAUGGUGGAAAAAGGCCUCAAAGGUUGUAAAUCUGGAAAAGGAUUCUUUCUCUAUGGAAAGACGAAGAGUGUGAAUCCUGAAGUAGAAGAAAUUCUCAAGAACCAUCAAGUGACUGCUCCCUCUGCAAUUUCUUCAGAAUACGACAUGCAGUACCGGCUGCUGUCUCGCUGCAUAAACGAGUCGUUAAUGUGUCUCCAGGAGGGAAUAAUAGCAAGCCCUCUAGAAGGAGACAUUGGAGCAGUGUUUGGAUAUGGGUUUCCUCCCAUGCACGGUGGUCCGUUCAGAUUUGUUGACACAUUUGGUGCAGAUCGCCUUGUGAGCCUCAUGAAACGUUUUGAGGAUGUUUAUGGAAACCAGUUUACACCCUGCCAGCUUCUACUAGACCACGCCAAAGACCCCAGCAAAAAGUUUUACGAAUCAUCCCCCUCCCUGCUUCAAUACUAAAAACAACUUUGGACUAGUAGUCCCCCUUUGGUGUGUCUGAACUGUUAGGGCAGCAAAUAUGCCAGUUUGUCUGUUCUAAGUUCAAAUAAGUGAACGUUAAGGGAUUGCACUGAUAUGUCUUCUAAUAUCAAACUAAAGUAAUCAACCUAAAAUAAUCCAAGGAAAGCGUUCAGAAUAAGGAUGCUAACAGAAUGCUGUUAAAAAAUAAUUGUAUAACUACUAACAAGAUUUCUAGGAGACCAAAUGGUCUGUUAUAACUAUUUACCAGCAUUACAGAUUUCAGCUUAUGUCAUUUAUAUAAUCAGAAAAUGAUACUUUAAUGUAUUAUGUGUUAUGGCUCAACUGGCUGUGACCACACAAACUGUGGCUUUUUCUUUUCAUCUUUUUGGGGUGUUGUUUUUUUUUUUUUUUUUUUUUAAUACAAAUUGUGAUAAUGUGUCCAACCUCACCUGACCUAUGCUACAUUAGCCAUAACCCAUGUUAGGCCCGCAACAUGACCAAAUGAAGCCCAGAUGUUCCGGCUAUCUGGAUUCUAUCUGGCACCAGUGUUAACUCAAACUCCCAACAACCAAAAAAAGUGAAGGUUGCAUUAAAACAUCAGGUGUCAUUCGGUUUAUUUUUUGAUCUCUCCUUUAUUUCUUCAGUGGCUUUGUAGUUACAAGAUUGCAGAGUAGAUCAGUAUUACAUGAGUGUAGUAGAUCAGAGUGAAACUCCUUUUGAAACUUGACUUCAGCUUUUGCCCUGGCUGAAACCCAUCAAAUCUGGGGAUAAUAGUAAAAAAAUUACAGGUAGUGAUUCACAACAACAUAAAUUGCAUUGUCAGUCAUCUGGAUCAUUUGGAUGAUCUUGCUUUGUGAUUGCCCUCAGUGUAGCCAGUUAUAUUACAAUGCUGUCAUCAGGAUACACCCCUAAAAUAGAACAUACAGGUAAGAGCAGAGAUCUAGUUUGGGGCCGGGGGGCAUCUGCCCCUCUCUCAGCAGAUUUGUACAUUAGCAGAUUUCUUCAAUGGCUCAGUAACACAAAUAUCUAAUCAACCACAUGACAGCAACUUAGUGUAUUUAUGCAUGUAAACAUGGCAAAGAUGACCUCCUGAACUUCAAAUUGAGCAUCAGAAUGUGGAGGGAAGGUGAUUAAAGUGACUCUAAAUGUGGCAUGACUUUUAGUGCCAGAUGGGCUGGUUUGGGUAUUUCAGAAACUGCUGAUCUAUCGGGAUUUUUGCCACACAACCAUCUCUAGGAUUUACAGAGUAGUAUUUUUUUUUUUUAAAAAGGGGAAAAUACCUACUAAGUAGCAGUUGCCUUGUUUGGUGCCAGAGGUCCAAGAACAACCAGAAUGCUGACAGGAAACCAACAGUAACUCACGUAACAACUCAUUACAACCAAAGUACGCAGAAGAAAACCCCUGAACGCACAACAAGUUGAACUUCUAAGCAGAUAGGCUACAGCAGCUGAAAACCACACUAGGUGUCAGCUAAAAUGAAACCGAGGCCACAGUUAAUAUGGGCUCACCAAAAUUGGAUAACCAAAGACUGAAAAAACUCUGCCUGAAUCUCAGUUUCCGCUGUGACAUUCAGAUGGCAGGGUCAGAAUUUGCAUAAACAUGAAAGCAUGAAUCUAUCCUGGCUCAUAACAACUUCUCAGGCUCCUGCUGGUGGUGUAAUGGUGUAGGGGAUAACCUUAAUAUCAACUAAGCAUCACUUAAAUGCCACAACCGCACAGUAACAUUGCUGACCAUGUCUAUGCCUUUAUGGGCACAGUGUAUCAAUCUGAUGGCUAAUUCCAACAGGAUAGAAAUUUCAAACUGUGGUUUUUGAACACACAGUUUGCUGUAUUCAGAUGGCAUUUUUGGGAUGUGGUGAGCCAGUGUUUCCAGCAAUUUGUUGAAUCUAUGCUACAAAGAAUUAAUACUUCUGAAUACCAAGGUGUAACUAAGGAAGCAGCCAUCAAGUAUAUGAAAGCCAACCAUCGUUAGGCCUCUUAGAAAACAUCUCAUUUUUAAUGCUCUAAGAAGAGAAACUGAAGUGUUGUGUUUAUUCUCAUUUUUCUGACUCAGUGAUUUUAGGUAGAAUUUUUUUUGUUUCUUUAUUAUACAUUUUUAUGUGAAUUUCUUUUUAAUUCAUUGAACAAGCUUCACAGCUGUUCCGUCCAACACUUAACUAACUUGUGCUUUUUUAUGGUAUGUAGAAAAGCAAAGAGUAGCUGUGUUAACUUAUUAAAAAAUUUGACUGCU